AGGUAUCUUGAGUUGCAUGCUCCCAGUCUCCAUUUGUAUGUCGCAAAAGACGGUCAGAGAUCUUCAAUGCAUCUCGUCACUGCAUCGUGCGCCGGGAACGCAAGGCAGCCACCAGUCACACAUAUCCUCUUUUGGUGAUGAUUUUCAGAGAUCCAUUCCACCUGUGUCAGAGGACAGAGGUUGGAAUAAGCUGGUGUGGUGGCUAUGUGUCGGGACCGUUGGUAGGGGUGAACGUUGAUGUGAGGCUUGAUGAGAUCCAGGCUUUGAAAUGCUGGCUUUUGAGCUAUCAAUUGUAGGCUGAAGCGAAACUUCCUUCUCGCAUCCUUAACUUGUAGCCUCAUGGGGCCUAGAACGAGGAGAAGUACUCGCAUCUUCUCCUUACAUUUCAGCCUUGCCUUUAGGAGUCGGUUCCACACGGAAACAUGCAGUAUGCUGGUUUCAGCUCAUCACUGAUAGACAAGCGUGGUUGUGACAUUCAUGCUCCUGCAUUAUAGCUAUACUUCACACAAUCUGAAGGAUCAUUGAUCCCAGCUAGUGGAAUGAACAUGGCAGGAAACCGCCCCCUGUUUUCAGUGCCGUGUCUGUUGAGAACCGCCAGUCAAUGUCAACCUGCAUGUUUACUUUUCGGGUGUUUCAAGGAUGAUUUUUCGGCUUGUUUGACAGCUGUAUAAACUUCCUUCGCAUGCCCGCGUUCUAUCAAUGAGCUGUCAAGCAGAUCGAUUUAUAUCCGCAAUUAUGUUUUGUUCGAUUGGCAAUGCUGUCAAUAUCCUUGACAAGAAAGUGGCGAGAUCAACCUUUGGUCGAGUCUUCCGGCUUGAUGGAUCAGGUCAUCCGAAAGAACGGAAAGGUUCCCGCUUUGUUACUGAGCUGCGAGCUGGGCUCACAACCUUUUUUACUAUGGCAUACAUCAUUGCUGUCAAUGCAUCUAUCCUUGCUGAGAGUGGAGCAACAUGUGUUUGUACCGACGCAGCCGACCCAUCUUGUUCCAAUAACCUUGAAUAUGAUAGUUGCUUGAUUGGCAUUAAGCGCGAUCUCACCACAGCGACAGCAGCGAUUGCAGGUAUUGGAUCGGUAGCUUUUGGGUUUAUCACCAACCUGCCUGUUGCUUUAGCGCCCGGAAUGGGCCUCAACGCGUACUUCACAUAUCAGGUUGUUGGCUUCCAUGGCACCGGAUCCAUAUCUUACGGCCUUGCCCUCACAGCCGUUUUCAUUGAGGGGUGGAUUUUCGUCUUUCUCUCACUCAUCGGCAUGCGGCAAUGGCUUGUCAAAAUCAUCCCUGCUUCGGUCAAAGUUGCAAGUGGAGUUGGUAUUGGCAUCUUCCUGACAGAAAUCGGAAUGUCAUACUCAGGAAUUGGCUUGAUCUCAGGGUCGAAUGUAACGCCUACAGACCUUGCCGGAUGUCCUCCACAAUACAUCGACAAGUACACUGGAAGAUGUACCAGUCACAAGAUGCAAAACCCCACGUUAUGGAUUGGAGUCAUGGGUGGAGGUGUUCUGACGGCUUUCCUUAUGUCUUACCGUGUGAAGUCAGCCAUCAUUAUUGGCAUUGCUCUCGUCUCAGUCAUAUCUUGGCCGCGAGACACCACAUUCACCUACUUUCCCUAUACUGAAGCUGGAGACCAGAUGUUUGAUUUUUUCAAACAAGUCGUUGCAUUUCACCCAAUCGGCAAUACCUUCGUUGCCCAAGACUGGAACAUUGGUGCGGCUGGAGGACAUUUCGCACUUGCCUUAUUCACCUUCUUGUACGUCGACAUCAUCGAUGCUACUGCCACUCUAUACUCCAUGGCUCGCUUCUCUGGUGUCGUUGAUCCUGAGAGUGGUGAUUUCCCGCGUUCAACCCUUGCAUACUGUUCCGAUGCAGUGACCAUAUCUAUCGGAUCUCUCUUUGGAUGCUCGCCUGUCACCGCAUUCAUCGAAUCGGGAGCAGGUAUCACCGAAGGAGGCCGUACGGGAUUGACAGCCAUCACCACUGGAGUCUGUUUCCUCGUAUCUAUCUUCUUUGCACCAAUAUUUGCAUCCAUUCCACCUUGGGCAACCGGAUGUACACUCAUCCUCGUCGGGUGCAUGAUGAUGCGCCAAGUCACUUCUGUCAACUGGGCAUACAUCGGCGACGCUCUUCCCGCAUUCGUUACGAUCGUGGCCAUGCCCCUCAUGUAUUCAGUAGCAUAUGGCCUUAUUGCUGGUCUUUUCACCUAUACUGUUCUCAAUGGCCUGAUCUAUAUCACGAAAGUCUUCUCUCGAGGCAGGAUUCAGCCUCCUGAUGCUGACGCCGCCGAGUACUGGACGUACAAGCCCAACAGCACGAACCCUCCCUGGUUCGUGCGCGCUGCACAAGGAAAGCUGUGGAAGACAGGUAGCUUUGACAAUAUCGAGACAAGAUCCAUUGGUGAGGGGACCAUGGCGUCGGAGAAGGAGUUGGUGGAGAGUUCUACGAUGAGGGUCGAUUCACGACGCUCUCGUGAAGCUACGAUGUGACGGUGGGACGUGGGAUACGAUUCACGAUCAGACAUGCGCAAUGUUGUGGCUUACUCUUGAGUAUUAUUAUGAUGGUAUGGAAGUCUUACAAUAAGGAGUGGUACAUCACGUUAUCUUUUCGAGACGAAGUAAUGAUAGUAGCUAUUGUUUGGGUUUAAAACCCUCCCCUGUAUGUUUCAAAAGCAGCUCGAUAGUUUGGUGACCAAUUCCAAACAGUCAUUUGAAUCGUCCAGGAGAUCAACUCGUAAACAACCCUCCUCCUCCUCAAUGCAACAUGCCGACGUCAAAGAUCUUCUCCUCAGGACCUGCAUCCUCCUUACAACAGUGGCCAACUCUUUUCGUUGAGCCGGGGCCACUGCCAGGCUCUCGCUGUACAAUCAUAUUCCUCGCCUUCACAAGCAUAGACUCAUAUUCAGGACAUCAUAUGUCUGCCACAACUUCAGCGCGGCAGAUUCGACACGAUGAUGCUACUCCUGAUUUCAGCCGUCCUUUUAAUUCAGGCUCUGGGUUGUGCAACCACAAGCCACAGCCGCACUCGUCAAUCUGCGCAGGAUGUUGGACGGGCGCAUCUGCGAAGUCGUUGACCACAUCUAGGGGCUCGGUCUACUAGAAGCAGAGCUGACUGUUUCGACGGCCUGUGGAGGAGCUGGAAAGGCUGGGGCCGAUACCGUGAAUGUUCAUGGUGUGGUACCCGGGUGGAGCUACACUAUGGCUAGUUCCAACAAACGAUUUUCCCACAAUUGAGUUGAAUUUAUUUUUAAAAAGUCCUUGUAGUAUCUUUCGAACAUUUUUCAGGCUUCUGUCUUUAUGCUGUCCUGUAAUUAAUUCCUUGUACUUUUGCCAAUACAAUCUUUCAAAUCGACCUGAGCUUUGAU